AUGUCAAAUAAAUAUUGGGGCUGGGGACUGGAAGAUGAUGAAUUUUAUCUCAGAAUCAGAGAUGGUGAUUUGAAUCUCACCCGCGUUGCGAAUCUUACCACCGAUCGUUCCAACACAUUCCUUCAUGUACAUGGAAUAGAACGCAAGCGGGAUUACGCCGUCGUUACGAAAGAUCAGAGAGCGAUAAAAAGGAAGCGAGAUUAUGUGUCAGGACUCAACAGUGUACGUUAUAAUAUCACAGCCCGUCGAAUUCUUUCUUUUGGAGAUGCUCGGGUCCAUGUGGUAGAUGUAAGUUUACAUUGCGACAUGACAUGGACUCCUUACUGCAAGCUUCCCAAACGAUAG